GCAGAGUAAUCUUUAUGAAGCAAAGUAGGACCAUAUCCUUUCCUCAAUUCCAGAAUCUUUGGUGGCUCCCAGCUGCCUUCAAGGCAGGGGAAGCCUUCCGCCACCGAGAGCCCAGCUGUCAGUUGCCUCAGAAGAAGAUGGGCAGCCCUGGCACAGGUGUGCGUGCGGCCACUACCCUAGGAGUGCUGUGGUUCUUCUUCACAGGCGCGGUAGAGGUCCAGGUCCCCGAAGACCCCGUGGUGGCCCUGCUGGGCACCGAUGCUACACUGCGCUGCUCCUUCUCACCGGAGCCCGGCUUCAGCCUGGAGCAGCUCAAUCUCAUCUGGCAGCUGACAGACACCAAACAGCUGGUGCACAGCUUCACGCAGGGCCAGGACCAGGGCAGCGCCUAUGCCAACCGCACCGCGCUCUUCCCUGACCUACUGGCUCAGGGCAACGCGUCCCUGAGGCUUCAGAGUGUUCGUGUGGCUGAUGAGGGCAGCUUCACCUGCUUCGUGAGCAUCCGAGACUUUGGCAGCGCUGCGGUCAGCCUGCAGGUGGCAGCCCCCUACUCGAAGCCCAGCAUGACCUUGGAGCCCAACAAGGACCUGCAGCCUGGGGAUAUAGUGACCAUCAUGUGCUCCAGCUACCAGGGCUACCCUGAGGCCGAGGUGUUCUGGCAGGAUGGGCAGGGUGUGCCUUUGUCGGGCAAUGUGACCACAUCGCAGAUGGCCAAUGAGCAGGGUUUGUUUGACGUGCGCAGUGUUCUGAGAGUGGUGCUGGGUGCUAAUGGCACCUACAGCUGCCUGGUACGCAACCCCGUGCUGCAGCAGGACGCUCACGGCUCCGUCACCAUCACAGGACAGCCCAUGACAUUCCCCCCUGAGGCCCUGUGGGUGACCGUGGGACUCUCUGUCUGUCUUGUUGCACUGCUGGUGGCCCUGGCCUUCGUGUGCUGGAGAAAGAUCAAACAGAGCUGUGAAGAGGAGAAUGCAGGAGCUGAGGACCAGGAUGGGGAUGGAGAAGGACCUAAGACUGUCCUGAGGCCUCUAAAACACUCUGAAAACAAAGAAGGUGAUGGACCAGAAAUAGCCUGACCAAAGGAUCAGGGAGCUGCUGCCCUUGCCUUGGGCUCCCCCCUCUGCCUGCACUGGGGCCUCUGUGUGAGCCCUGGGCUCGGGCUUCCUUGCCCCCAACAGAUGGCUCCCAUCCUGGCGAAUCUACUCAUUCUGCGGAGGAUGCGAGACAAGACCACUUACAGCCUCAUUUCUCCAAUGGACACGACUCCCAAGUCAUCCUGCUGCCUUAUUUCUUAUGGACACAAUACACAGACCCCACCACCAUGUUUCUCCAAUGGAUACGCUACAUGGACCAUCUGGCUGCCUUUUUCUUUAGAGCACUCAGCUUUCAGACUGACCCUCUGACUUGUUUCUCCAAAGACACGAUACAUAGUCACUCCUCACCUUGUUUUUCCAGUGGCCCUGAUACACUAGCUCUCACUUCUCAGACUUCCUCCCACCUGCCUGUUAAUCCAUAUCCUCAGAUGGGGCACUGCAGCCUCAGUAUCUCCUUGAGUCUAGCGGUGUCUCCUCUUGCUUUCUCCCACGCCGGCUUUUCCCUCCUCCACUGAGUGAACACAGGUCCCCUCCCAGGCAUGCAGAGGCACAGGUGCACGUGCUGGAACACGUACAGGCUCCCCCUGGGCCGGUCUCUUCCAAGGUGCCCUGGUCUGUGCCCUGUGAGCCCCCCUCUGCCCACCGUCCCCGCGGGAAGCACAUGCUGGUCACACUGGGUCCUGGGGAUCAGCUUCUGUUCCUCUGCUUUUCUGCCUUUUGCUUAUUCAUUCAAGUAAUGUUCACUGAGCACCAUGGGGGUUGGCACUGUGUUAGGUGUGGGGAACCCUCCCUGAGAAGACAAGCUGCUUCCUCAAGGACUUGCCCUUUAGCUGCAACCCUGUGAGGAAAUAGCAGUUCAUGAGAGGGACUCCUGCCUUCUCCCUGCUGUACCCCUCUGCUGUGCCCCCAGCUACCUAGGUACCUCACCCCAUCCCAUCUCUGGUUCUUACUCAGAGUGGCAGGAGGUGGGUAGAAACCUGGAGAGAGGGAUGGAACCUUUCACUCUAACUGGUGAGAAGCUGAUGUCCCCAAAGUGUCUUUUCAGAGUGAGCAGGUGGGCAGUCAGGCAAGACCAAACAGACCCCAAGAGCCCAGCAAGAAGGAUGCCUGGGGCCUCGGCCAGGGGUACAGCCCCUCCUCCCUUCCCCCACCAUGGUGCUAUUCUGGGGCUGGGCAGACAUUUCCUGGCCUCUCUUUGGCCAGCCCUCAGCCCCUGGUAGAAUGAACUUCUGACGUUCUCCCACUGACAUAGCUCCCUUCACCAACAGUGAAGACAUGGGGAUUUCUAAUUUAAAUGUGGGACUCUCAGGAAUUUCAUAAACUGGGGGGAGGCGGGGAGGUACUUGGGGGAAAAUAAAUGCCUUUGUAGAAAGCUU